UGAUGACGUCAGAUCCGGCUCAGCGCGGAUUUUAAAAAUACCGUUAGCUAAUUCCUGUUUACAUCCGGCAGAUAGUUUCUAGCUCAGACUGAAACAUUGUCACGGUGACUUUAAACAAGUAAAAAAUCAUUUGAAACUUGUUUAAGCUGUUCAGGGCAAAUCGUGACGCAUUAAAACAGCACUUGUGUGUUUGCAACGUUAGCUAACGGUAACCUGUCUUCGUUAGCCUAGUGGCUAACUGCUAUCCAGCUAUAACGUUAGCUUGUUUUGUGGUAAAGAAACGUCAAGCAGACACGUCGACUACCACCGAUUAUUCAACGUUGGACAGAAGCUAGCCGACCUCAGCCAAUGAUCUAACUUAAGGUAACAUGGGGGACAGCCAGCUUAGCAUUUAGCAUUAACUGUCCACAAUGGAGGAUCCCUCUCCUUGUGCUUCGUCGCUCGCUGAGCUUCCCUGUGCGUCGUUCCUCCAGCGGACGUUGGAGCAGCUGUGCUCCUCGCAGUGCCUGAAAACAAAUCCCGAGGCGGCAGCGGCGUCUCCCGUCGCCGUCGUCGCACUUCAGCGGUACUUAUCCGAGCAAACCGAGGGGCCGCAGCCCGACAGCUACAGUUACGACGUGACGGUCACUGACGGAGUCUGGCGAGUCAAAUGCUUCCUUCACCCUAGUUUGAAUCACCUGGCACACGCGAACAGGCUGCGGGCGGGGAGGGAGAUCGGCAUCACGCAGUGCUCGUUCGUGUACAGCGAGAGGAGGCUGGGACACGGUUACAUUUGCAUCGAGAAGCUGCGGUGCGGCGCGCGGAGGUCCGCGCUCCUGGCGCGCGUAAAGGACGUCGCGUCGCUUCCCAUGUUGGUGAAGCGCGGCAUGGAGAGGAGUGCGGUGCUGCAGAGUGACGUUCCCCUUCAGGUGAGCCGCAGGCAUUACCUGUCUCUGUGGAACAACGAGGACCCGGAGGGGGAUGGAUGGACCUCCGGGUCCGCCGCGCCAUCCAACACCGUGCUGGACGUGUCCAAGAUCACUCUGCUGUGUAGUCUCGAGUCCUGCUUUAAAAAGACAUGGAAUCCUCUCCCUCUCCUAGUGAAGAUAAUACACAAAUCUAGGUUACGGUAUUAUGGGAAGUUUGGGCUCAAGAUUGAUUAUCCGUAUCUGGCGUACUUCGAAGUUGCCGACCAGAGUGGGACAAUGUCCCUUGUGCUUUGGAACGAACUUUGCCUUGAGUUUUACCAGAGACUCACCGUAGGCACCGUGUUGUACAUCCAGAAUUACUCCCUGAAGCAGAGUUAUACCAAACGAUCCCACCCCCAAAUGGACCACCACAGAAUGAAGACUUUUGACUCUGUAGAAAUCUGCCUGAACCCUCACAACCCUACUUCCGUCAUCACUGUGGUCUCACCAAAGAGUGUACUGCCUCAGUGGGCGUUGCCCGAAGUUUCCUACCAAUUCACGACCAGGCUGGAGUUGGAACACAUGCCCAGCAACUCUGCAUGCGAUGUCAUCGGUCUAGUGACGUUUGUUGGCCGGGUGGAAAGAGUCAAGAGUAAAGGGACCAAAGCCCCGGAAAAGCACUGGACCUACCGCUGGAUCCACGCGGUGGACGGAACGUCUGACCGCCCUUUUAUUCUGGAGGUUUUUUCCUCUUCCCAACCAGAAGUCUUCAAUCGUAUAUGCCCGAUGACCUACCUGGUGUGCACUCAGAUGAGAGUUUGUCACGUGGAAGGCUCGUCGCCCUACCUCACCAGCAGCUGCGAGACAGAGACGUUCAUCACAGGCUAUCACAAAGGUCAGCCGUAUGUGGGCGACCCCAGAGUGAAAAGCUUCAUCCAGUGGACCAAAACUCUGAAGGACAGCGUUGUCCUCCAGAAGACUGCUGUUGGAGGUCACUACUGCUUCCCUCGGCCCCCUCAGAAAUUCACACAGUCAGUGGCAGAGGCCUCAAGUCAACCUCCUCUGGUUGCUGCAGCUGACUUAAAGAAGGUGUUAGAGACGCUGCAAUAUAGGGAACAUAAAACGGUUGCAAUUCAAGGACAGAUCACAGCGGUGCGCUACAUGAAAAACCUGCAGAUCACAGAGUCUGGAGGAACAGAAGAGAAAGAGGCGGAGGAUGUUUCUACUGAAGCGUGUGAACGCGCCCCGGUACCAGACGCACACAGACAUCCCUCAACAGCUGAACAGACUCUGGCGGCGGGUUCAACGUCGGCGGGUUCAAGCGAAAGGAAAAGAAGAAUUCAAACGAGAAAAGCCAAACAGUCCCUAUUGAAUCGUGUCAGCGCGUUGGCAAAGAGGAGACAUCGAGAUACAGAGGAGGAGGAGGAGGAGGAAGAGGAAGAAGAGAGUGACUCUGGGUCUGAGGAGACUCAGGAUGUUGAACGCCAACAACUGCAACAUCAAAAUCCAGACUCUGAAGUGAUCUCCUGGGAGAGCAGCAGUUGGCCGGAGCGACGACUGGAAGUGUCUGAACAUCUGCUUGGAGGCGGCCUGUACCGGGACAGCGUGUCUCGGAGGUUCUCGGCCGACGAAAAGGAUGUCCUCCUGCAGCAGAGCAACCUUCAAGCGACGCGGUGGACGGCAAAUCAGGACGCGGAGGCCAUUGCUCCUGCAGUGCAUCCUGGGUACUACCGAGUAACAGUACUAGGCAUAAACAAGCAGAUAGCCAUGGAUGCUGCGUUUCUGCCCGUGGUGAGCUCCGACGAGCCCAGGGCGGUCGGCCUUCCUCAGGAUCCCCACGGAAACAGCAUGCUGUCCUGCCUUUCGUCGGGCUUCCUCUGUCCGCUCGCCGACCGCCGCAGCGAGUCAGCGCUUCCCGAGCCAGAGGAGGUCCUGGCGACUGCCGUGGAGCUGGAGGACACGCAUUUGGUGUGCGUCUUGGACCUUUGCCAUCUGGGUGGUGACGAGGUGGAGGUGGUGAUCAAUAAGGUGUACCAAGUGGCCGAGGCUUCUCUCAAUUAAUACCAGCAUGGGACAUUCAUCUUGUCUUUUGAUUGAAAUAGAAAAGGUUUUGAACCAAAUCUCUUCUUAAAUAUCCGUAAAUUAUAUUAUUACCCAUUCCAUAUGUACAGUAAAUAGGACGGCAUUCUUUAAUAAUGUUCUUCGAGUGGGAUGUUAAUCUGCAGUCAAUUAAAAUGCUGAAAGACAUAAUACUGCAGAUUUUCUAACCACUUUAAUUUUACUGUGUAAAAUGCGACUGCCAAAUCUUCUCCAUGAAAUUGUUAUUUUGAAAAGCGAAUGGUGUUUUGUUUUUUUCCUGGAUGGUUGACAUUGAUGAAUAAAAUCUCUGAAGAUGAAAUCA